CACCACGGGACAGCUGUACGCCACCGAUCCUCUCAGUAAACUACCAUUGCAAUUCUCUUUACUGGUGGACCCACCUGCUCCCUCGUGUUUGGAGGGACUCUACUUGCCAAGGUUCGUGCACCCAACACCUGAAAAUGGAGCUCGCAUCCAAGCAGAGGUCAACAAAGAAGUGGAGAUCAGAGUCAAGGCACAAGCUGCGUACGCAACACUACAUGAUAUCAUCAUCAGUGGGCCACUGAAUAUCAGCAAGCACAGGAACACUCAUGACGAGUUUGUCAUCAGGUGGAAGCCCGUCCCAAAUGACCUGGGAGAUCAUUACCCGAUCUGCUUCGCUGUUGAGUCCGUGACAGGGUCUGCUGUAACCAGUGCUCAAAUCACCCAAAAUCACCAUCACCACGCCACCCCCACUUCACAGUCUGGCGUCUAUCAGUCCGAGAUGAGGUGUGUUCUGGUGGACGUCGGGAAGGAGCGAAUUAAAUCCCAUGUGAUCUGCAGUGAGUCCACGAUGACAGUAGAGGUUGAGAAAUCUUCGAUCUAUGGACUCACUGGGGAGCAUCUGCGGCUCAAUGAUCCCAGCAACACCGCCUGCAACCUCCAGGGCCACUCCAACAGAACUCACGUCAUCGCCGUCAUCCCCCUCAACGCCUGCGGAACUCAGAUCGAGGAAGAUGAGGAAAACCUCAUUUUCAAGAAUGAAAUCACCACAGUCGACAACAGCAGAGACCUGAUCACCAGGAAGCACCUGCUGGAAGUGCAGUUCUACUGCCAGUACCCCAAACGGGGAAAUGUGACACUUGGCUUCACAGCACACAGGAAGAAUGUCACAGUGUGGGAGAGAGGGUUUGGCACGUUCACCUACCAGUUUGAGUUCUACCCCGACUACCGGUUCCGAUCCAUGAUUGAUCCGAAUUCAUACCCUCUGGAGUACGACAUAGGGAGCCGGAUUUACAUGCAGAUAGAGGCCACCUCUUCAGUCAACAACACUGAGCUGUUUGUGGAGUCCUGCAGAGCUUCACCAUACGACAACCCCAACUACCACCCAACCUACUCCAUCAUUGAAAAUGGAUGUAAAGUGGACCCAACUGUUGAAAUCUAUCCCUCCAACCAGGACAAAGUAUUCAGACUCAGCAUGGAGGCCUUUAAGUUCAUCGGACUGCACGAUCAGGUGUACAUCAGCUGUUCGGUCCUGAUGUGUGAAGCAGGAAACCCCAACACCAGGUGUUCGCGGGGAUGCUCCAACUCCACAUGGCCAAGCGGUCACCAGCACCAUCACCGAAAGAGAGAGGCCGUGGUCCAGAGUGCACAUCACUUUGUUUCCCAGGGCCCCCUGCGCUUAAGGAGAUCGGCAGAGAGCACCGAAGCCACAGUGACCAACCUAAAUCUGAACCUGGUGUUCAUUGCUGGAUGUCUUCUUGCAGCCAUUGGCAUGGUCUGUGGAGUGGCCAUGUACAAAGCCAAAACGUCCAACGUCAAAUACCAACCUUUGCCAGCAUUUGAAAGCUAAGACAGGAGCGCUUGCCGAAUAUAUGGCCUGAAUCUACGACCCCUUAUUUUGAUUAUUUUUACUUGCAGGUUUUGGGUGUUCAUGUAUCUCUGUCGUUGCACAUUUAAAUGAAUGAAUUUUAUACUAUCCUCCUUAGAAAUGUCUAUUUGUAUGAAAACACUCUAGUUAGGAGAAAUCUGUCUGUGCAACUUGAAACAUAGAAAGAGACUUUUAAAUGAAACAACGCUGGAAGGAUGAUCAACUAGUACUGCAGCUGCUAGGUGACUGUUCAAUUGCUGUGUUUACUGGUCUAGCUUUAUAACAGCUUCUGCAGUACGCUUUAAAACAAGUAUCCAGAUUCAUAUGUGUAGUCCCAUCCAGUCAUAAUCAUUAAACAUGAAAGC